GCGCAGGGCCGGGUCUGUAGGCGGGACUGGGUGCCGCAUCUGGAGGUCAGAGCAGUGGAAAAGUGAAGCCAGCGGGUGCAGCCGAGCAACGGGAGCUGCCCAGAGGCUUCGCUGUUCAGCCAGAAGACAGUGACAGAGCCCCAGGCAGACGGAAAGGCAGGAUCAGCUCCACAAACACACUAACAUGGCUGCGAAAUGUGUGCCCAGCCUCUGCCUGCUCUGCAUCCUCUCAGGGAUUGUCUACUCAGCUUCUGCCGCUAGACUUCAGGAGCAACAACAGUCCAUUCUCAAAGUGUGUGCUAAAGGCUAUUUCCUGAGUGAGAAAAGCAUCUGCUUACCAUGUAACUGCAAAGGCCAUGCAGACUACUGUGAAGACAUCACUGGGAUUUGUAUAAACUGCAGAGACCACAGUACAGGUGAUUUCUGUGAGGUGUGUGAGGACGGCUACAUGCUGGCUCCAAGCCGAGACGGACGCCAUACCUGCAAACCCUGCGCCUGCCCUCUCUCCGUCCCCUCAAAUAACUUCGCGGUGCACUGUGACAGAGGAGGUGCCGUCCUGCGGUGCAAGUGCCAAGAGGGCUACGCCGGACAGUUCUGUGAGAGGUGUGCUCCUGGUUACUAUGGAAACCCAAUGGCUGUUGGUAACUCCUGCAAGAGGUGUGACUGUAAUGGCAACUCGGACCCAAACCUGAUCUUCAGUGAGUGCCACAAUGUGACGGGCCACUGCCAGCAUUGCUGGGGCAACACCGCCGGCGCCAACUGUGAGAGGUGUGCCUCUGGUUUCUACGGCGAUGCCAUCACCGCCAAGAACUGCAGAGAGUGCGAGUGCAACAAAUGUGGCACCUCAUCAUGCGGCGACAGGACAGGAGUGUGUCACUGUAAACCAGGCGUCACCGGACGAUUCUGUGACCAGUGUGAGGAGGGGUACUCAGGUUUCUCCAGCUGCCAGGGCUGUCGGAGGUGUGAAUGUGGACCGGCCUCUGUUCGAUCCACCUGCCACCCCCUCACCCACAGCUGCCCCUGCCGUCCGGGGGCAGGGGGCCGUUACUGCGAGCGCUGCCUCCCUGGAUACUGGGACUACAGCCCCUCCGGCUGCCAGAAGUGUGACUGUGAGAGCGGCCACUGUGAUAUGCACACUGGGGAGUGUCUGACGGAGGCCGCAGUCAACCUCUGCAACAUCAGUUGUGAUGAGUGCAUCUGGCAUCUGAUAGGAGACCUGAGGUUGUCCAAUAAGACUCUGGACCAGCUCAAAGUGGGGGUGUUGAACAUCUCCACAGGAGCCGCUGCCAAUGACCGACUCAAAUACUACAACUACACAGCUCAUCGACUACAGACUCAAUUUCUUGGCUGGAAAAACAAGUCGUCUGUGCUGAAGGCCCAGACUGGGGAGCUGGAGGAGGCCACUGAUGUGGUGGUGUCAGACAUCAAACAGCUGCAAGACUCGGAAAGUGUUUUGAAACACCUGAUGAACCGACUGGAGAACGACACACUACAGGACUUCACCCUGGCCGAGCAGCUGAACACAAACCUCAGUGAUCUCAAUGUGCGCAUUGAAGAAAUGAUCCAUGACUGGGAGCUGUACAGCGUUCACCAGGACAUCGACCCGGAGGUGGCCCGGCGGAACACAGAGAUGGCCCAGGUCAUGGUGUCCUGGAUGAGGACACUGGACCUGUCCCCACGAGAGCCCAUCGCAACGGACGAGUCCACCGAAGCCCAUGACUUGCUGAGGCGCGUUCGUCAGUUGGAGAAGAAACUGAUGAUUACCGACGGCCGCCUACCACCGAUCAGGGAGGUCCUUUCCCGUUUCUCCUCCAUGUUGUCUGAUGCCCAGGGGCUGCUCCAGAAAGCGUCCAACAACAUCCAGCAGACACAGGACCGGAACAGAGCCAACAUCCUGAAAUUCCAGAGGAGUGAGAUGAAGCAGCAGAGACUGACAGAAGACCACAGCGCUGUGAACGACACUCUGGAAACAGCCACUGAACACAUCGCUGACAUCGAGGACAGUGUGGCAGAACUGAAUGCGAUGGUGCAGAAUGUGACACAGUACCAUGCAGCGAUCGACGGUGCCAGUCAGAAGCUGAUGGAGAAGACGGAGCGUCUGUCUCUGGCCGACAGAGACCUGGUGCAGAAAGCUGAUGACCACGCUGAGGACAUGGACCGCCAGGCCAACGCCCUGGAGGAGGAUCUAAGAGCGAGUGAUGCCAACGGCUUCGUGCAGAGAGCCAUAAGCGCUGCCAACGUCUACAAUAACAUUGUGAAAUACAUUGAUGACGCCAACAUCACCUCACUCACCACCCUGAACUUAUCCCAGAAAGCGGAAGAGGCCAUCAUUGGAAUCAACGAACAGAUGGACUACCUGAAGACACAGAGCGACAAUGUUUUCAAGGAAUCUGUGUCAUUACAUACAGAACAAAAGGAGGUGGACACUGAGGUUCUUGACAAGAUGAGCUAUAUUGAGGAGACCAAGGAGACCAUGGAGAAAAACAACAAAAAACUGGAAGAUAUCAAAGAGGAUAUCAGUGGAAUUCAUAAAGACCGAACACCACAGCGUCUAGAGUUCACCUUGAAAGUAGCCCAGGAGACUCUGAACCGGUCUGCUGAGGUCCUUCAGACCAUCAGCCCCAUCAGCAGUAAGGUGGAUCAGUGGGCCAGCAACAUGAGAAACGACGAAUACUCCACAGACGCUUAUGAGAACGCAGUCGUCUCUGCAGGGGAAGCAGUCGAGAACCUGAACGUACUGGUUCCGGAGCUUCUGGACAAGCUGAAGGUGGUUGAGGAGAAGAAACCUGUUAACAACGUGACCACCAACAUCAUGAGAAUCAGAGAGCUCAUCGCCCAGGCCAGAAGUGUGGCCAAAAAAGUCCAAGUGUCCAUGAAGUUCAACGGUCAGUCCUCAGUGGAGGUUCAUCCACACACCAACCUGGAGGAUCUGAAGACUGUGACGUCCAUCAGCCUGUACAUGGAAGUGGACCCUGACAAGGACCCCAUCGAGGACCGCUUUAUCUUAUACCUGGGAGACCGACACGGUAGGAAAGACUACAUGGGACUGGCCAUCAAGAAUGACAACCUGGUGUAUGUGUACAACCUUGGGGGUGAAGACGUGGAGAUUCCAUUGGCUUCGAAGCCUGUCAGCCAAUGGCCUGCAGUCUUUAACUACAUCAAAGUAGAGAGGCUGGGCAGACAUGGCAAAGUUUUCCUGACCAUCCCCAGCCAGAGCACCACAGAUGAGCAGAAGUUCAUCCAGAAAGGAGAAGCUCCAGGCACCGACUCACUGUUCGACAUCGACCCCAAGGACAUAGUGUUCUUCGUCGGCGGAGUGCCACCGAACGUCAGGCUUCCUCCUCCUCUGAGUCUCGCUCCUUUCGUCGGCUGCAUUGAGCUGGAGUCGCUAAAUAAUGAUGUCAUCAGUCUGUACAACUUUAAAGCGACUCAUCACAUGGACAUGACGACAUCAACACCGUGUCCCAGAUACAAGCUGGCGUUCUCCCAGAGUCGCAUUGCCAGCUACCUGUUUGACGGAACAGGCUACGCUCUUAUUAACAACAUGGAGAGGAGGGGCAAAUUCGGUGUUGUUACAAGAUUUGAUAUUUCUGUGAGGACAGUUGCAAACAAUGGGGUCCUAUUCCUCAUGGUCAACGGGUUGAAGUUCUUCCUUCUGGAGUUAAAGAAUGGCUAUCUGCGCCUGAUGUAUGACUUUGGUUUCAGCAGUGGACCAAACCUUUUCGAGGAAAGGUUACCAAUACUGCAAAUAAAUGAUGCAAAAUACCAUGAGGUGUCAGUCAUCUACCAUCAGUCGAAGAAGGUUAUCCUCCUCGUAGACAAGAGUCAUGUUAAAUCUAUGGAGAAUCCCAAAACGACACUGCCCUUCUCAGAUAUACACAUAGGAGGAGCUCCGUCAAACAUCCUCAGCAUCAGGUCAGAACUGUCCUCUGUGGUCGGUCUGAAAGGCUGUGUUAAAGGAUUCCAGUUCCAGAAAAAAGACUUCAACCUCCUGGAGGAGCCAGGCACCAUCGGCAUCAGCAGCGGCUGCCCUGAGGAGUCCUUUAUGUCGCGUAAAGCCUAUUUGACUGGAGAGAGUUACCUGGGCUCUACAGCAAAGAUCACCCCCUUCGACAGCUUUGAAGGAGGCCUCAACUUCAGAACACUCCAGCCCAGCGGACUCCUGUUCUACCACCGAGACGGGACCGACGAGUUCAGUGUUUCCCUGGAGAACGGAGGAGUGGUGUUCAACAACAGAGGCACAAAAGUCAAAUCACACAAGAAACAAUACAGUGAUGGAAGGACACAUUUCUUAGUGGUUUCAGUGAACAGUACCAAAUAUUCACUGGUGGUGGACGACAAAGACAAGCAGGAGAAGAAACGUCCAGCUUCAGCCACCAGGUCCUCAUCGGGGUCUAGUUUGAAGACGUUCUACUAUGGAGGGAGUCCAAGCAGCAGCAUGAAGAACUUCACAGGCUGCAUCUCCUAUGCAUACAUCAGCAGACAAGACCGGGAUAUCGAGCCAGAGGACUUCCAGCGGUACACAGAAAAGGUCAACACUUCCCUCCAGGACUGUCCAGUCCAGAGGCCCCCCGCUGCUCUGUUGUCUAGACCCAUGUCCAGAACCAGACAGACCCAGUCCCAGAAGGUAAGCAGAGACAGAUCAAGUGUCCCUCUGGGCCUGAUGGAGCUGAAGAGUGACGAAGCACCAUCAGAGGCAGAUAUCACGCCCUGUUACCUCUCCUCCAAUCCCAGAGGAACACGCCAAGCCUACCACUACGGCGGCAUCGCCAACAGCAGGCAGCACUAUACAGAUCUCCCAGAAUCCCUCUCCAAGAGGUCCCACUUCUCUUUGUCCCUGAAGACCCAGUCAUCUUUCGGCCUCAUCUUUUAUGUAUCUGACGCUCAGGAGGACAACUUCAUGGCUCUGUUCCUGGCCCACGGGAAGCUCGUGUAUACCUUCAAUGUCGCAGAGCAAAGAGUCAAAAUCAAAAGUGACGAGAAAUACAACGACGGCACAUGGCACAAUGUUGUUUUCAUCCGUGAUGGGAAUAUGGGUCGUUUAAUAAUUGAUGGGCUCACCGUUCUGGAAGACAGAGCUCAGGAAAGAAACGUUUCCUGGCAUGUCAGCAGCCCCCUCUAUGUCGGAGGUGUUCCUCCAGGGAAUGCUCAGAAGAAUAUUCAGAGAAACUCCGCCUACAGCUUCACCGGCUGCCUGAAGAACCUUCAGCUGGACGGUCAGUGGUUGUCGUCAGUAUCCGAGACCUUUGGGGUCACUCAGUGCUUCGAGGGUCGCUCUGAGGCUGGAACAUACUUCUCAGCCGAAGGGGGUUAUGUCAUGUUAGAUGAAACAUUCGAUCUGGGGCUGAAGUUUGAGCUGGAGAUGGAGCUGCGCCCCCGUGUGGCGUCUGGACUGUUACUGCAUGUGAGCGCAGUGGAGGGUUAUUUCACCAUGUACAUUCAUGAAGGAGCGGUGGUGGUUCUUGUGAAUGAUGGAACCCAUGAGUUCUUCACUAAAGUGUCACCAGCUCAGGGUCUGUGCAGUGGAAGCUGGCACAGAGUCACAGUAAUCCGCAACGCCAACGUGGUCCAGCUGGACGUGGACUCUGAGGUCAACCAUGUGGUGGGACCCGUCAACCCCAACGCCACUGACACCAGGAAGCCGGUGUUCAUCGGCAGAGCCCCAGACCUCUUCCUCCCAGACCACAUCAGCACCAGGAACCCCUACGUGGGAUGUGUUAAAAACCUGGUGAUCAACAACAGCAGAGUGAGCUUCAGCAAAGCGGUUCUGGUCAGUGGCGCCGUGAGCGUGGGAACCUGUCCAGCAGCAUGAACACCUUCAUGAGCCUCAACAGCACUGACCAAACCCAGUCCACACCUGUCUGUCAGGUACACAUAACCACACAAGCUCUGUCAGUCUUUUCCAUUGUCUUUCUUUAUAUAUGUCCCCUGAUUUGUUGUUUUCCAUAAAAAUGUCCUCUACUAAAAAUAUGGCCAAAUGGAUCCAAAAUCACCAAAGAUGUCAUCAGUUUGUCGUUCAUGUGGAAAACCUGUUCUCAUGGUGCAGAUUAAAUAUCAAAGAUACAUUCAAUGUCGAAGCAUUCUAUGAUUUACCCCACUUUAUAAUGUAAUUUAUAACCUCAAUGGCACUUUUUUUUGUUCCAAAGUCCUUUUUUUGUAUUGUUUUAAUUCUGACAAAUAAAUCACAUUUUACAAACAUGUUA